CUUGGGCCGUCCCUGGGGGGCCUCUUGAAACCCUCUUUGGCCCGCCUUGGGGGGAUCGUUCCUCCGGGCCACAGGCCUGUUGACAUCCUGGCCUCGUGCGCGUCAACCGCAACUGCCCCCUGCGGAGAGGCCAGGAGGCAGCCGACCCGGUCGAGGCGGCCAGGGCGCGGCUGGAGGAGCGCAAAAGGCGGCGAGAGGACGCCGACGAGUUCGCUGCGGCGAUGUCCGAGGCCUCGCCGCGGACGGCGCCCGCGCAGGCAGCAGCACGGGCCGCGGCGACGGGCGCCGCGGGCUCGGCGCAGCCGGACGAGAGGCGGAAGGGCCUCCCGACCUUCCUGGCCGUGAAGAGGCGCCCGCGCUCGGAGAGCGGUGCGGCAGGUCCGGUGGAUCCCGCCGGCGUGGGCCCUGGAGCGGCCGCGGCCGACGCGCCCGCAGCUGUCGAGGCGGCGGCCGCGGAGCCGCCAGGGGCCGGGGAGCCCGCCCCGAUCGGCGGCCUCGGCGCCUACGACAGCAGCAGCGAGUGACGCGGCGCCGCGUCGUGGCGGCGGCACCCAGCUGCUGCAAUCGCCGCCGAUGGGUCGCAGCCAGGGUGGCCCCCUGCAGCCGUGUUGGCUCAGGCGGGCGACGCCGAAAUGCCGCAGUGUGUGCUGCUGAGGUGUACCUGAGCGCGGUGCAGCACAA